GUUAUCAAACGACGGCAAUAAAUUGAAGAACUGCGGGGAAAGAACUUGUAUUUCAUCUAUAAUGCGCCAUCACAAAUCGCACGGAACAGGAAUAAAAACAGAUGGGGGAGUCCACUAUUAGAAGCAUAAGCCGGAUUAUGCACAUGGUUAAUCUAGGCUGAUUUAUUUUCACCACUUUUCUAUUUUACCAUGUUUCCUGCUUUUCCGUAGAAAACAUCUAGUAGCAACGUAGCUCCGCCCUCGAUUACUGCAGCAGUUCUCCCUGAAACGCUAGGCUACGACGUCCACCUUAGCAUGGGACAGUCUGCAAAAUAAAGUCACUGGACACCCCUUUUUUAAUCGCGAACGACAGUCUCGUAACUGGAUUUUAGCAGGGUUUAUAAAUGAUCUUCAACAUGGAUUCAUAAUCAGAUCCUGACUGCAGGAAGCCUCGCCUGGGCGCUGCUUCCACAUUACAUCGCUACAAUGGAUCAGACGUUAAGGGAGCUUUUACUAUCAAAUGCCCAGUGCUGGGAUGCCGACAGUAGGAGGUCAUACCAGGACCUGUUCGAUAGGAUUGAUACCAAUAAAGAUGGAAAGGUGGAUGUUGCUGAAUUACGAGCGGGCCUUAAGGCAAUGGGCAUAUUCCACCAGGGUGAUGCACAGAAAAUUGUGUUUUCUGGUGACAAAAACAAAGACGGGAGCCUCGACUUCAACGAGUUUUCCAAAUACCUGAAAGAGCACGAGAAGAAGUUGCGGCUGACAUUCAAGAGUCUGGACAGAAACAACGAUGGUUGCAUUGAUGCUUCAGAGAUCCAGCAGUCUCUUUCAGAGCUGGGCAUGGAUGUCAGCAGAGAGGAUGCCCUGAAAAUACUACAGAGUAUGGACCAUGAUGGGACAAUGACGGUGGACUGGAACGAGUGGAGAGAACACUUCCUGUUAAACCCUGCUCAGAACCUGAAAGAGAUCAUACGCUACUGGAAACACUCCUCGGUGCUGGACAUAGGUGAAAGUCUUGCCAUCCCAGAUGAAUUCACAGAGGAGGAGAAGAGCUCAGGAGGCUGGUGGAAGCACCUUAGUGCAGGUGCAGUGGCAGGGGCCAUCUCUCGCACUGGUACCGCCCCCUUGGACAGAAUUAAAGUCUUCAUGCAGGUUCAUUCUUCUAAGACCAACCGGAUAAGCCUGGUAGGCGGCUUCAAGCAGAUGAUCUCAGAGGGAGGUCUAACUUCACUGUGGAGGGGAAAUGGGAUCAAUGUUUUAAAGAUCGCACCUGAGACUGCAAUCAAAUUCAUGUCAUAUGAACAAUAUAAGAGGUUGUUAUCAUCAGAGGGCAAGAUGAUUGAGACGCACAAGAGGUUUAUGGCUGGCUCUCUGGCUGGGGCCACAGCACAGACAGCCAUCUACCCAAUGGAGGUACUGAAAACUAGACUGACCCUCAGGAAAACUGGUCAGUAUUCAGGAAUGUUUGAUUGUGCCAAAAAGAUCCUGAGGAACGAGGGCGUCAUGGCUUUCUACAAGGGCUACAUUCCAAACUUAGUGGGCAUCAUUCCCUACGCUGGGAUAGACCUCGCUGUUUAUGAGAGUCUAAAGAACGCCUGGUUGUCAUACCACGCCAAAGACUCAGCUAACCCUGGAGUUCUGGUGUUGGUGGGCUGCGGGACCAUCUCCAGUACCUGCGGCCAGCUGGCCAGCUAUCCACUCGCACUUGUACGCACACGGAUGCAGGCACAAGCGUCUCUGGAUGCGUCAGACCGGUCCUCCAUGAGUAGUCUGAUGAAGACAAUCGUAGCCAAAGAUGGCUUUUUCGGACUCUACCGGGGCAUCCUGCCAAACUUCAUGAAAGUCAUUCCUGCUGUCAGCAUUAGCUAUGUGGUUUAUGAGUACAUGAAGACUGGCUUAGGAAUCUCCAAAUGAUGCUGCAAGCAAAUGGAAAAAAAAGAACAUUUACUGUGUUUGUCAAACUUGAAAAUGCCUGAAAUAACUCCAAGAAAACAGACAGACAUCAAACAUACAGAGCAUGACUUCCACCAGCUGGCACAGGAGUUCAGUUGAUGGAAAUGGUAUGUAUCCCGCUAAGGGUUGUCUGUCAUUAGCUAAAGUAUUUAUCAUUUAUUGUGAGCAUGCUUCAAGUUUUAUCCUGCUGUUACACAUAACACACUCCCAAAAACGGUCAAAAACAAUAUUUGACACAAAGAUAUUACUGUACAUAACACAGACAUAUUAGAAUAUAUAAUACAUAGUAGGUUGUUCUGUUGAUCCUAUGGUUAGUCUUUUAAAACUGUGAUCAAAGCAAAGCGGUAGCUCAAUGGGAAACACUGUUGUGCUUUUUGGUAACAAAAGACAUAUGUUGUCUAAAUACAGGUGGAGCUUAUCCAAAAAAGACACACAGCAGUGUUCUUUGUCUUAUUUCAUAUUCGAAUGAGGAAAAAUGACACUAUGCCGGUUUAAAUGUUUAAGCCCACACCCUUUAGAGGUAAUUUAACACACUUCUAAGUUGUAACCUGCUGUAGAGUGACAUCAGCUCCAGUCAGCAGCUGUUAACUAAAAAUAACUGGCCCCCGAAAAAUCAAUAUCUUGUUAACACUGGAAUACUGUGUACACAUAACAUGCAUCUUGUGCAAUGUGAAAACUAACCACUAAUUGUGUCACCAUUGUGUUAUUUGAUUAUCAUCUAUAUGUGCCUUACAGCUACUCGAUGGGAACUAUAGCCCAUAUAUAUAUGUGUGUGUGUGUGUGUGUGUUUUGAUGAUAUAUGGGUUUCAAUGAUGGUUACUACCACCUUACAUGGUAACAUUUGUAAGACAACAGUAAUAACUGGUCAUUGAUUCAGUGAUUCUUGCAAGUAGCGUGUUUUUUUUUGUUGUGUUACUUCUCAUUUCAACAGACUAAAUGACCUCCACCCAAACAGAAAUACACACCCACAACUGAAUAGUGUGACAUUUACCCUUUUGUUUCUUGGUUUUCCAUAUAGCCCAGUUGUGGGAAAUCUUUGUCUACCAUGUAAGAUGACACUACGCCUUUGUCUUUAUAAUAAGUUACAUUAAUGUGGAUGUUAAGAAACUAAUGGCCACUGAACAUGAACACGUGGAAACUUCAUAUAGAAUAUUAACAUGGUCGUUCCUGGAAGGCUCACUUCAGAACAAUGGUUUGGUGGUGCAAAGUCCAGCUAUUCGGAGUGGGGAUCAGUAGUUUGAAGAUCACUGAGAUGUGCUAACAGCACCACCUAGUGGUUAAUAAAGACAUAACAUGGGACACGUUUCCAUGCGAAACUGGAA